AUGGCUCCAGCUCACCUUCGGCGCCCACCACAGGCUCCCCCCAUUUUCACAGCUACCCCGCAAUCACUCGUCGCCGAUGCGGAACGCCUGAUCAAGAUCUCCCGCGAUGUCCAGGACAAGGUUGUCGCCGCCAUCAAGCCGGAAACUGCAGCAUUUGACUCUGUGGUACGUCCGCUUUCACAAAAUGACAACGAAAUGGCAUUGGAGGCACACAUCCUAGGCUUUUACCAAGCUGUCUCAACGGAUCAGAAGCUCCGGGAUGCUUCCUCCAAGGCGGAAGAGCUCAUGGAUGAGUUCUCUAUUGAGUCAGUGAUGCGCGAGGACGUUUUCUCACUUUUUGAUGCUGUUUUGAAGAAGAAUGAGGAUCUUGAUCCGGAGUCUCGUCGUCUGCUGGAGAAGGAACACAAGGAAUUCGUUCGAAAUGGUCUUGGUAUCCCUGCGGGUCCUCAACGAGCUCGCUUCAAGGAGAUCAAGAUGCGCUUGAGUCAAUUGAGCAUUGAGUUCCAGAAGAAUCUGAAUGAGGAGAACGGAGGUAUCUGGUUUACCCCCGAGCAACUGGAUGGUGUACCAGAGGAUGUCACCUCCGGCCUCAAGCGCGGCGAGGGCGAGAACGCUGGCAAGCUCUGGAUGACUUUCAAGUACCCGGAUCUGUUCCCGACAAUGAAGUACGCUACAAACACCGAGGUUCGAAAGCAGAUGAUGGUUUGCAAUGAGAACAAGUGCAACCAGAACGUCCCCCUGUUCCGCGAGGCCAUUAUUCUGCGUGAUGAGGCUGCUCGUCUCCUGGGUUACCCCAACCACGCCGCCUUCCGCAUUGAAGACAAGAUGGCCAAGACUCCUGAGACCGUAGACACUUUCCUGGGUGAUCUGCGCAAACGAUUGACCGCCGGUGGUCAGAAGGAGAUCCAAAUUCUGAAGGACUUGAAGAAGGAGCAUGAUCCUAACGCCGAUGGCCGCUACUAUCUGUGGGACCACCGAUUCUACGACCGAUUGAUGCUGGAGCGUGAUUACUCGCUGGACCAGCAGCUUAUCGCUGAAUAUUUCCCCUUGCAGACUACAAUUCAGGGUAUGCUCAAGAUCUUCGAGGAGUUGUUUGGUCUGGAAUUUGUUGAGAUUGUUGGCGAGGACCGCGCGGCUGUUGCUCCUACUGGAAAGGGCAAUGACAUUGUUUGGCACGAAGAUGUGCAGGUCUUCAGUGUGUGGAACGAUGAAGGUGAAGGAUCUGGCUUCGUUGGUUACCUGUACCUGGACCUGUUCCCCCGUGAGGGCAAGUAUGGCCACGCUGCUAACUUCAACCUCCAGCCGGGUUUCAUCGAUGGUGAGGGUAACCGUCGCUUCCCCGCCACCGCCCUGGUGUGCAACUUCACCAAGCCUGGCCCCAAGAAGCCCAGUCUGCUGAAGCAUGACGAGGUUGUGACUCUCUUCCACGAGCUGGGCCACGGUAUCCACGACUUGGUAUCUAAGACCAUAUACUCUCGAUUCCACGGUACCAGCACCGUACGGGAUUUCGUCGAGGCCCCUAGUCAGAUGCUGGAGAACUGGUGCUGGACUCCCUCUCAGCUGCGCUCUCUUAGCCGACACUACUCUUCCCUAUCACCCGAGUACCUUGCCGGAUGGAAGGAGGCCCAGCAAGCACGAGGCAAGACUGCUACUAGCCCACCCUCAGAAAACAUCCCCGAUGAUGUGAUUGAGAAUCUCAUUCGCACCAAGCACGUCAACGACGCUCUAUUCAACCUGCGCCAACUGCACUUUGGUAUCUUCGAUAUGACCGUGCACGAGCCUGAGAGCCACACCGCCAUCGAGGCUCUGCCUCUCUCGGCUACCUACAACCGUUUGCGCCAGGAGAUCACCCAAAUGGACGGCAUGGAGGCGCUGUCUGGUGGUCAUGAGUGGGGUCACGGCGAGGCAACCUUUGGUCAUUUGAUUGGUGGCUACGAUGCUGGUUACUACGGAUACUUGAGCUCCCAGGUCUACUCUGCAGAUAUGUUCUACACAGUCUUCAAGAAUGACCCUAUGAACAAGGAUGCUGGUCGCCGCUACCGGUACCAAGUACUUGAGAAGGGUGGUAGCCAAGACGAAAUGACGACUCUAACUCAAUUCCUGGGUCGUGCGCCUGAAACCACUGCAUUCUACAAGGAUAUGGGCUUGGCAUAA